AUGCCAACACUCCAACAUAUUGCAAAUAAGUUUGGGUUUGUCCUUGCUGACGUUCACACAAGAUUCUUUGAACUCUCGAAUGUUAAUAUUAAGAAUUUUCUUGGAAGUACUUCAAAUUUUCAGGAUAUAGUUUUAAAAAUUUGCAAAAUUUUUCCAAGUUGUGACUCGGUAAGAACUAUCAAUGAUUUAAGGACAAUCUUGUAUAAGGAAUUGAAGAAAGAAGUAUCUGAGCUGGGAGAUAAUACUUUUACUAGAUAUUUUCUGGAUGGUCAUAAAAUUCAUUGCUUAUUUUCUGUUUUACAAAACUAUUCUGAAGAUGAAAAAAACAAAAAUGAGGAUUUUUGGGUAGUUGAAAAGAAUAGUGUGGGAUACUUUGAACAGCUUAAAUGUAUUGAAUUUUGUAAGGAUUUUGAAGAUUUAAGAUCUUUUGUUUUGAAGGAAUCCGGGAUAUAUCGUUAUUUUGAAGGAAUUGACAUCAUUGAUGGAGAAUAUCAGAAAGUAUAUCUUCAGGUAAUGAAAAAAUAUUAUGAAGAGUAUUACAAGUUAAGUAGGAGUGUUGAAUAUUUCAGAGAAAUCAUUUUUGAAGAAAUAAAAAUGUUUAUAUUAGACAUAUAUCUAAGCCUUUCGCUAAGAAGCCAACUGGUAUUAUUCUUACCAGGAUCUUCUUCAUUGACAUUUAAUGGAGAAUGUGGGUCUGAUCAAAGGAUAUGUGAGUAUAUCCCUGUGGUGGAAGAAGCAGAUCAAUUUGCAAUAGAUCAAAUCACAAAGAAAUUGAAAAACGUGAAUGAUUUCAAUGAACUUGAGGAUAUAUUUAAAUUGGAGUCUUCGGAUCUUUACGAAGGAAUGAGACUUAAGAAAAUCAAACUGUACAGUCAAUCUUUUAAAUCUUUCAAUGAUUUGUCCAUGAUCUAUUCAUUUUUGCAGUUGAGAGAACAUCAAAUUAGAGAAGUCAUAUUUGUAGUAGAUCAAAUACUAAAUAAAGACGAACAAAUAUAA